CUUGGCACUGAGCGCUAGCGUGGAGGAGCGGGAGGAGAAGGGGCGGAGCAGUCCGUGGGCGAGGUGGCUGCUGGAGGCAAGCACGACCCGCUUAAGUUCUCCUUUCCUCUCCAGAGGGGCCGAUUUGGGAGUGCAAAGACUUACUCAAGUUACCAUAAGCAAUGAGGAGAUUAUUGUAAAGAUCAACACAGAGCAGCAGUGGAGGCAGAUAUCCCAUGUAAAUCCCAAAACAAAACUGUCACGCUAAUAGGCCAAACUAGACCAGAAAUGAGUGGAAUGCUAUCUUGUUAUAAUUUUUAUUUAAUAUACUUAAAUGAAGAAAGAUAAAAAAAGAAAAAAAAUUCUAACUGAUAAUUAUCCCAUUCAGACGUUAGUGAAUAUGUCGCUCAAUCCAAGUCGACCUUCCUCAUCAGAGUUGGUGGAACUUCAUGUUUUUUAUGUCCCCGAGGGAUCGUGGAACUAUAAGCUAAAUACCAUUUCAACAGAAGUUGUUAACAGUUUCAUUUCAGCUGGAUUUCUGAGAGUAUCUCCUCAACUUACUUUACAAGCCCUGAGGGAGCGUCUUGGUGAGUUCCUGGGUGAAGAAGCUAUUGCAGAAAAAUUUUUGUUUCUGAAAUGCAUUGGAAAUAAUUUAGCUGUGGUGAAGGAAAAGCAAGAAUCAGAACUGAAACUCAGAUCAUUUACUCCUCCAUAUGCUCUUCAACCAGAAUUAUACUUGCUUCCUAUAAUGGACCACUUAGGAAAUGUUUGUUCACCAUCAUCAACAGUUAUUUUAGAUGAGCGGCAGACUAAUAAUGGUGUUACUGAGGUUGAUGGAACAAUCCACAGACCAAUUAGUGUAACUUUGUUCAAGGAGGAACCUGGAAGAGAUCCCAGUUUGUUAGAAAACACUUUGAAAGAGCUUCCUAACAAGAAUCAGGAAGAAGCAUCAGCUGGAGGAAAAGCCACUGCAGAACAAAGCCAGAUUGCAAAAAAUCAAAUUGGAAAUUCUGAGUUGCCAAGAUCAUUGGAAGAUUCAGAUAAUGAUUAUUUUGACACCAAAAAAAGUCAGUGUCUUUGGAAAAAUGAAGAUGAUACAGCUAUCAGUAGAACACAGGACAAUCAGAUAGGUGAAAAAGAGUACAUCACCUUACCAGAUCACCCUUUACUUCCUUGUCAACCUAUUCUUCCUUCAGGAAUAACUGCUAUCUCUUUAUUACAAACUGAAAGAGAGAAGAUUAUCAAACAAAUGAAACAAGUAAAGGAAGAAAGAAGGUAUCUGGAAAGAAAUAGAGAAGAACUAAUAAAAACAGAUGAAAAGCUAUUUGAACAAAGCAAAUUAAGGCAGUAUAAUGCCUAUGUUGGUUGGAAGAAUAAAUACUUGGAAACAAAGAAAGUCACAGCAUCAAUGGAGGAGGUUUUAACAAACCUUCGAGAAGAUUUGGAACUCUACUACAAAAAACUGCUCAUGCAACUUGAAGCCAGGGAGAUCAAGAUGAGACCAAAGAAUCUGGCAAACAUCACAGGCUGUAAGAAUUACCUUAUAAUCCAGAUCACUGAGGUACAGCAUGCAAUUGACCAGCUUAAGAGAAAACUGGAUACCGACAAAAUGAAACUCAUAAUAGAAGUUAAGAGGAGAAAACAAGCAGUUUCAGAUUUACGAACAUUGAAAACUGAACUGGCACAGAAAAAAAUUAAUACAUCUCUACAGUCUCAAUAAGGGAGCAUUGGCUGCUGCAAUACAUUCUGACCAGAUCUGACUUUGUUCAUCAUAAGACAUCACGAAGAGGAAGUCACAAGCAUCUGCAAUUCCAGUAUAAUUAUAGCAUCUUCUGUCUAUGUUCUUUGGAGACCAAGCAACAUCAAAAGUUACCUGUGGAAAAAAAUUUUACUAUUUUAUAUAACAUGAUCGAAUAUGCAUACUAUGUCAGAUUUUUAAGAUUAUGUAUUUUCUUACCUUAUACUACACAAGGAAGAACUGUUUACAGUAUAUGAAUGUGGGGUUUGACACACACAGAACUUGAACCAUUCUAAGAAAUAUUUUUUUGCUUACACUUGACUGACUGAGACAUAUAUUUGGACAUACAAUGACCAGGAGCAGGAUACUAUAUAGAAGAUGGCCUUCAAACUAAAAAUGUCUUCAAACGCUAGGCUGGUACUUCAGCUGAUUAAAAGAAGUAGGUAUAAUGACAACAGGGUAUGGUAAUGCCCCUGAGCAACUAGAGAGUAAAGGCACACCAAAUGAAUUCAAAUACAAAAGUUUUAAAAAUAUAGUGCAGGUUAAAUGUGUCACCUGUUGGCACAACUUGACUGGGUUGCGAGUUUCGGUCCCUGAUUCACAAUCACCUUAUAUGGUAGGUUUGGCCAUUAUUACAGUUAGACAAUAGUAGUGUCAUGGCCCACGGGUAUAGAUUAAUCAACUAAAAAUGUUGAACAAAUCAUUUAAAUAUUAUUUUAUGGAAAUAUUCAAAGAAGUGUUGAGUAAUGUAUUAUCUUUCAUUUUUGUGGGGUUUUUUUUUUUUUGAGACAGAGUCUUACCAGCCUGGAGCUCGGUGGCACAGUCUCUGCUAACCGCAACCUCCGCCUCCCAGGUUCAAGCAAUUCUUCCGCCUCAACUUCCCAAGUAGCUGGGACUACAGGCGCAUGCCAAACACCUGGCUAAUUUUUGUAUUUUUAGUAGAGACAGGAUUUUACCAUGUGGGUCAGGCUCGUCCCAAACUCCUGACCUCAAGUGAUUCAUUCACCCACCUCAGCCUCCCAAAGUGCUGGGAUUACAGGCAUAAGCCACCACGCCUGGCCUUUGUUUUUUUGAGAUAGGGUCUCACUCUCGUUGCCCAGGCUGGAGUGCAAUGGUACGAUCUCUGCUCACUACAACCUCUGCCUCCUGGGUUCAAGCAAUUCUCUUGCCUCAGCCUCCCAAGUACCUGGGAUUACAGGCAUGUGCCACCAUGCCCAGCUAAUUUUUUUGUAUUUUUAGCAGAAAUGGGGUUUUGCCAUGUUGCCCAGGCUGGUCUCGAACAUCUAACCUCAGAUGAUCUUCCAGCCUCAGCCUCCUAAACUGCUUAUAGGCAUGAGCCACCGCACCUGGCCUUAUCUUUCAUUUUGAAUAGUAAGCCAGCCUUCAAUAAGAAUGUAUCUCUUUAUGUUUACUGCCUUAACCAAAUAUUAAUUAGCUUUAUUUUAUGUGUACAAAUGUUCUAAAAUUUUAUUAAAGGUUUUUUUUUUCCCCUUAAUUAGGCAUUCAAUAAACACCGAUUUUUUUUUAAACUGAGAUACUUUAGGAAACAUUUUUAUACUUUGAACAAUUUAUUCUAGCAAAACUCUUUUUAGGACUUCCUCAAAGUUCUCUUUAUAAUUCUCUGAGUAUUAGCACUUUACAGUUACAAGCUUUGCUCAGUAGUUCUCCAACAAAACAUGUUAUGAAGUAAAACUUUUAACUUUGGAUCCUAUUUUAUCACUGUCUCCUAUUACAAAAUGGGAGAUAAUAUUAUCAUAAUAGAGAAAAAUAACUACACCUAAGCAGAUAAUUUUCAAAUUCAUUUUGUAAGAGUAUUUUCACCAGGAUUUUCUCUCACAGUUAAUCUCAUAUUUUUGAGAAGGUACUAUUAAUAUAUUAGACAAGAAAGCAAAAGACUUGGGUGGUAAUAUCAGCUCUGUUAUAAUUAGGUCUAUAUUACUGCUAAUUCACUUAGAGCAUCUGAAUUUUUCCCACCUAUAAAAAUGAAGGUGUAGAAAGAAUUCUUCAAGGCAUUUAUUUCUAGCUCUUUAAUUCUAUGGCCACAAUUCUGUAAACUAAAGUUAUCAUCUUAUCCCCAAAACUCAUUCUCCCCUCUAGAUUCUCAUUUUUUUUUUGUUGGUUACCAGUUUAAAAAUGUGGGGGCAUUUUCUCAUUCUUUCUUCCCUUACCUCAAAAGUCUAACCUCACAUUUCCCUUUGGGUGGCCUCUCACAGUUGUUCUGCUGCUUCCUUUCCAUCAAUUAAUUUAAUAUGUAUUUAUUAUAUACCUGCUGAUUUAGGAUUAUGUCAUCAUCCAAAUCCAUUAAAUCCCUUGAUACUGUACUGUUCAGUUAGUAGUCCUUACUGAUCUUCCUUUCUCUUCUAGUUUUACAUUCUCCUACAGAAUAAUCUCCCCAAACACCAUUUUACACACAUAACCCAUUACACACAAAAUAAAAUGCAGUCCUCAGUGUGACAUUCUGGAUCUUCCACAAUCUGGCCCACCUUUGCAACUGUCCCUCUCACUAAUUGACCUAACGUGAACGUGACAUGUAGCCCCAGUUGUUCUCCUCACCUCUCAGACAUGAAAAGAGGUAUUCCUACUGCAAGGAUUUUGCUCAAUCUCUUCCUCCCUGCUCUUUCACUACAGCUUAAUCAGGAUUGUCAAAUAGGUUGUUUCCCACAUACUCCACACAUCAAUUCUAACCUAUUAGUAAUGACUAUCUAGAGAAUGAAGGAAAAGUUUCUAAGGCCAAAAUGUGUGAGAAGCGUGGCCUGUAUGCCAGGUAUUUGCUAUUCUUAAUCUACAUUGUACUCUCCUGACAAGUUGAAUUCUAUACUGACAAAUCUUCCAUAUUUGCAUAAAACCAGAGAAAUGUUAGUCCUCACAUCACUUAUUUUAGCAGAAAUUCUCAAAUUAUUUUACCUGUUACCUCAAAUUCAUGAUGACCAAGUCUACCAGAAUCACCUAGAACACUUGGUAAAAAUACAGUUCACUAAGCUCUAUCCCAGACCUACUGAGUCAAUCUCAGUGGCAUGGUUUGGAUUCUGUGUUCCCAUCGGAAUCUCAUGUUGAAUUGUAAUUCCCAAUGUUGGAGGUAGGGCCUGGUAGGAGGUGACUGGAUUACAGGGGCAGAUUUCCCCCUCUGGUGCUGUUCUUGUGGUAAGAGUUCUCACAAGAUCUUGAUUGUUUAAAAGUGUGUGGCACUCCCAACUCUCUCUCUUGCUCCUUCUCUGGCCGUUUGAAGUGCUGCUCCCUCUUUGCCUUCCACCAUGACUGUAAGUUCUCUUGAGGCCUCUCAGAAGCCAAGCGGAUGUCAGCAUUAUGCUUCCUGUAUAGCCUACGGAACUGUGAGCCAAUUAAACCUCUUAUCUUUAUAAAUUA